CUAUAUGUUGAAUUAUUUGCAGUUGUAUAUUUCGAAAUAACCAACAAACGAUCCCAAAACGUAUCUAUUAUCUCACUUUUCUUCUGCAUCUACUGUUUAGUAAUCACCAAUUUGACGGCUUGCAAAAAUUUGACAUGAAUCAAUGACAGCUCGCUGCUGGGAUUUUACUUGCAUUUUGUCUGCAAGUUCCUUGUAUUUCGCGUUUUUGAUGCAAUCUGCAAUAAUUAGAUGUUCAUUGGGAUAAGUUCAUGCUAUAAAAUGUCGCUGCAGUAAAAUGAACCGAACCCAUGUUCUGAACAUAGGAGGACACACACACAUAUGACAUAUCACUGUUUGUAAGCCUACGAAGUCAAUAUUAAUACUUGAGGGACGACAUAGCGGUAUCAGAGAAUGUUUAGCACUCAUGACCGAUUGAGGAAGCGCACUCCAAAGGUAGGAAUUGAUCGGCGAGAAUACAUUUCACUACUCGUAGACGAAUAUUACGAAACCAAAAGUCUGGAAGCACAACAACAGGUAACUGCUAAUUUGGCAAAUUUUGCAUACGAUCCUAUCAAUUGGAACUUCCUGAAGCAAUCCAAAGCUCAUGAACUGUUUGUGGAAAUUUUAAACGACUCAGUCGAUCCACUAUUGUUGCUUCAUGCAGCAGCCGGAAUCUGUAAUUUCUGCUUAGAUGAUCACAUUGCGGAAUAUAUCGUACGAGGUAGAACGAUAACACAACUCAAAUCGUUAAUAGCGAAACAUAGGAAUAGCAGUGAUCUGAUAGGACAUUUAUUGACCACUUUGAUUUACAUCAAAGGAGAUCGGUUCGACAGUGAGUUCCGCAAAUUGUUGGAAACUUUACGGAACGGAAACGAUAGAAAAAUUUCCAACCUGGUGGAAGUGCUUUUGCAGCAGAAUAAUGCUGGUACAACAAGUCAGACGCUUCUGCAGCAGUAAACAGCCCGCCGGACAAAUUCUUUCGCUCAGCAAAACUUUUCAGCGGGACGAUUUAGUUAGGUUUGUCGAACUAACUGGUGAUGGCAAUCCAAUUCAUCAGCUGAAGGAUAGUCGUAGCAGUUUUGUAAACGGUGCUCUGCUAAAUGCGGUUACGGCAGGAAUAAUUGGAAAUGCCUUUCCUGGUUAUGUUGUAACUUCGCAAGAAUUUCGCUUUCCGAAUCGAUGCAAGUUGGACGAAGAAGUUUUGUUUCAAGUUAAAGUUGAGGAUGCAAGAAAAAUUGUCGGUCUUUCUUACAAGUGUGUUCAAGCUGGACAGACCGUUUUUGUUGGUACGGCUAAAUUGUUUGCUGUUAAGUUAUCGUAGAUAGAAGCAGGUAUUAUACAAA